UUUUUCCCAAUAUUGCAUCUUGAUCGACACCCCCCUUUCCAUAUAAACACUACAACAGAAUCACCCAUCCCUCCUCCUUCUUUUGAAUCAUCUAUCAACAAUGGCAAGUGGUGCAGUUUUAUUUCAAGAUAUUUUUGAUGUUAAAGAUCUCAAUCCUCAAGGAAAACGUUUUGACAGAGUGUCCCGUCUUAUCGGACAUUCAGAAAAUUACGAAAUGGAUUUGACUCUAGACUUCAACAGCGAAAUUUACCCUUUGAAUGUGGGUGAGAAGUUUUCGCUUGUUUUAGCGUCUUCGCUUUCACUGGAUGCUAAUAAGAGCAGCACAAGCGGUGUCGAAAAGAAAGAAAGCUGGAGAGAACGUGCUCCUGGAGAGCGUGAUUUAAGUGAUGAAUAUGAAUAUGUGAUGUAUGGCAAAGUAUACCGAUAUGAAGAUUCAAAUAAGGGUGCUGGUCAACAAGUUGCUGUCUAUAUUUCUUAUGGUGGUCUUUUGAUGUGCGUAGAGGGAGACUACAGACAUUUACAGAACUUGACCGUUGGCGAAAAUGUAUAUCUGUUAAUAAGAAAAUAAAAGGAAAGGCUAGGAGACGAGAAAAAGAUAGAAGAGAAACCUGGAUAUAGAAAGCUCCAGGUCUUUUUCUUUUUUUUUUUUUUUUUCUUUUUUUUUGUUU